CGAUUCCUCGGCGCCGAGAAACAGACAGACAGGCAGGCAGCCUGGCGGGCGGACUGGAGAGGCCAGGGCCGAGCGAAGCAACCUUCGGACGAGAAAGGAAGUGCGUCUGUCCUCUGGCAGGACGCGAGGGUCUUCUGUAGGCGCCGGUUAAGCGCGCCCUCGGGCAGGAGGUAAGCGGCCGCCCGUAGAGAACUUCGAGGGAGCGAGCGAGCUCCGCCAAGCCUCUUCCUGAGCAGCCGAGGCAAGCCGGCGCAGGCGAGAAGGCAGGCGCGCGGAUGAAGACGGGACCUUAGCGAGGCCCCAGAUGGCCACCUUUCCCGACGGGUCCUCCGGGAGCCCAAAGGAGGAGUCGUCGUGGGAGACCUUCGAGAACAACAACGGCUUUCUCGCUCUAAAGAAGCAGUAGAGGAGCUGAGGCCAUGCUGAGUGAAACUGAGACCUCCAUUCACCGAGCUCUCCCAAAAGUGUUGCUGCAGUUAAGCUCGCAAUCAACUCCUUUAAACUCUGUUCAGAUAUGGAGAACCCAGAGAUUGAGUCAGACUUUCUCCGAAGUGUGCACGCCCUUCUUCGGGAACUUGAUGGCCAUCAUCCAGCCUUCCAGAGUGAGAGAGGAAUGCUGAGAUGGACCUUGCACAAGAAAAUUGAUCGGAAUCCCCAAAAUGGAAUCCUCUGGAUUAAAAUUUUGGUGAAAGAACUGGAAAGAGCAGAAAGAUGUAACCAUCGGAAGCACAUCAUCCCCUUGCUUCACACACUGAUGUAUACACUGAUCAAAGUGCCUUGCAUAUCUGAUGACCUAUAUGAGAGGGUCUAUGAUUUCUGCAAGAAGUUGCUUACUUUGCCCAAGCCUUUCUGUACUAUUGGUUUGGAUUAUGCUUGUCAGCUGAAACUAGAACGGACAAAACCAGGGAUAUUAUACCAAAGGAAAGUCUCUGCAGAACAAGGUCUCAAAAGUGACUCAUUCCCCUAUAAGGAUAAGAUUUUCAUGUUUGUUGAUCCAGAUUUGCUCUCUGGGGCUGUAUGCCAGGCACUAGUUGAUGAAGUCAAGGCUGCUCAAAUGUUCCAGUGUGCCAGGUCCUGCAUGAUUUAUGUGAUAGCACAUGCCUUCCAAACAGGGCUGAAGGAACACUGUGAUAUGAAGGACCUGCAUGAAGUAUUUCAGGCAAAGCCCAUAGAUGAGAUUGAACACUGUUUCCAAGAAGUGAUGGCGGCCACUGAACAUGCAGGCGAAGAGAUGAAUGUGGAAUAUAGUCAAUAUGUUGAGGAACUUGAGAACAUCUACAGUACAUUGCUGAGUUCUUCAGAGAGAGGGGUGAAGAAGUCUUCAGUAGACAGAAGUUCAGACAUCCCUUUACCCAACCCUAAAAUCAGCUUCCACCUGUGGACUGAUGAAGACCAACUUUGGAAAGAGCUGGUGCAGUUUCUCCGUUCACCAAGUCAAUCUGGUGAACAGGAUUCUCUAAGUCCAGGACUGGAUGGCUUUGAAUUUCAAGAUUUGGUGCCAGAGUAUGACUGCUGUGAACAGACACGUUUCUCUGUGCUCUCCAAUGACAGUGGGAUCGAGCGAGACUUGCCCCCUACAGCUGAUGACAUGCCAUCUUCCUGCAGUGCUGAGACUGAGCACUCCCGGCUCCAGAGAAAGGGUUGUUUGCGGAAGAAAUAUGCAGAUAACAUAGCUUUGCUUCAAAGUAAUUGCAGUGGGCAAGGUGCAAAGCCUACUGGGAAACUGCACCGGAAAUCUGGUGGUAGUUCCAUGGAACCAAUAGUUAAACUGAAAAAACUACAUACAGCUCGUAUCUUGGUGCUGGGUGAUGACAGGGUUCUGGGGCGCCUUGCCCAGGCCUAUCACUCCUUGAGGAAGCGGGAAAGCAGACGGGUAUUUCUUACACGAAGGUUAAAAGUGCAUUUUUAUUAUGUGCCUGUUGUAGAAGAACAAGCAGCCUCUUCCCUUACUGAGGGGGAGCCGUGUGAGUUGGCUGCUUAUCUAGGAAGAGCUGAUCUGUGGUACGAGAGCAAUAUUAACUCCCUCUGUUACACGAUUCCAAAGCUGGCCACUAUGCCUUACUCACCAAGCAAAUCCACACUAUCCGAAUUGUUCAUUAUUGAUGUGAUAGCAUAUUAUGUGCGUCUGGGCUUACAGCCAGUUUUCUUCCAAGUCUACGCAGUGAAGAUUUUUUUUAAUAAUGCUGCCUUGGAGCCAAUUGAGGACAUUUUCCUCACUGAAUUAAGAGUAAACUUUGAAGAAUUCAACACUUCUAGAGACAAUUUACCAAUAAAGAAGAAACCAACAACAGAAUGUCCUGGUGCAGAACUUACAUUAUUAUAUAAAAAGGUUUUGCUGAGUAACCGUGAAAAGGAUGAGACAAAUUCUUUGCGAUCCACAGGCCUUGUUGUAAAAACCAUUCCAUCAAAUGAGUUUGAAGAUCUAGUGUGCUUGACUGUAAGUAUUGAUGAAGUCAUAAAAACCUCCAACAUCUCAGGACGAUCAUAUUCUUUAAUGACAAACACUAUACAAAUGCGCAGCAUGAGUCUCAGAAGUACAGAACAAAAGUCUUUCACUGUGUUCCUUGACAAGGAUUCCAGACGAGCCUAUAAGAAUGUUAUCAGUAUUCAAGUGUUUCCCUGCCUAGAUCCCAGCUACUGUUUGCAAAAGUUAAGAACAAAACAGACCAACUUGCAAGAGGAAGAAGAUGAUAUAGGACUGGCUAAAUACUUGCCUAAGUCUUUACUCUUACCCAUCAACACUUUUGCAGGCAUUAUUCAAUAGAGAAGCUGGCAAUCGCAACUCUUCAAAUCUUUUGUUGGGUUUCCUUAGGGAUAAUUCCAAUGAUCAGGAACACCACAGGAAGAUCUCAAGAUAAAAAGAAAAAAGUAUUUUAGAAACCAGAACAAGUCAGGUUUUUAGCAAGAGAAAAAAAAACCCCUAUCCAAUAUAGGGAAGUUUUGUAGUUCUGUAAUAGCAUCAGAUAAAGGAAAGUGGGCUCUGAUGCAAGAGAAAACAAGGUAUGAAAUCUUUAGGCUACUAUACUGUAUUUUCUUUGAAUGAAGUAAUUCUCUUUUAUCAGGCUAAGAAAGAAUAGCUUUCAUUUUAUCAUUUGCAUGGCAAAUGUAAUUAGAUUCCUUACUCAGGGGCUUUGGUCAAAAUCUCAGCUGAGGUAGGUGUUGUCCUAAAUUUAUCACAGAUAAACUUAUUCUAAGAAACAAUCAUAGAUAGAUACGCUUUGUCCCAAAAUUAAGAAUUUAGAUUUAAUGAAGCAGGAUGCAAUGCUUCUUUCAUUAGAAAAUGAGUGGAAUAAUGUUAUACAAAUGUGUGCAUGAAUUCCUAUCAUAUAGUGGUAGUCAAGGAAACAGGAAAAUUUAAAAAGUUUGUAAAACAUUUAGUGAUACCUGCGUGCAAACCCUCAUCCCCUAAUAAUAUGUGUUGUAUGUACUUUCCUGCAUGGAGUUCAUGCAUAUUUCCUAAAGACUAGACAUUUUGCAGAGCAGCUUUCCUCAAUGCAGCACUCUAUAGAUAUGUAAGAACUACAAUUCCCAGGAUUCCCAGUAAGAUGGUCAAGUACAGUCAUGUGUUAUGGCACUUCCAGAACAGGGCAGAGUGAUGGAAGUCAGCAUUGCAGAAUCAAUAGAGUAGAAUAGAGUGAGACCUCGAUUUAAUGAACCAAUUGAGGCACGGUGUGCCUGUUAUUCCCAAGUAUUCUUAAAUUAGGCAACAUAUCAGGUGUGGAAGUGCCUUUACACAAAUUAUGUAAUGUUGUGUCAUUUGCUUCAUUUUAUCUCAUUCACAUAAUUACAUUAUAACACAAAUUAUGCAUUAAUACAAGUAAUAUCACUUGCAUCAAGUCAUUAAACAACAUAAAUACAACGGGAAUGUCAUCCUUUGACCCAUGACUGUAUUUUAUGUAACUUUUGCGAUAUAAAGCAUAGCAGAGAGAUAUAUAAAAUGGGCAAAACAAAGUCUUAAAUACUAAUUUCUCACCUUUCAUUGAUUAAUUCAAACUUUUAUAUUCAUAUCACUAUAUGUGACCAGGAGAUGGAUUGAAGAAAACAAACUUACAUAUAACCUAGCCCAUAGGAACAGGUGGAACUAUCUGUCUGCCUUCUUUCAUGAGGUUAGAGCUUUUAUAAGGCUGGCUACCUCUUAGAAUCUUCUUGAAGGAGGACCCCAUCCCAUAUAUAUGUACAUAAUGUUCAUGGCAUGUCCAACUAGUCCCCUUUAUUUCUAAUUGGCCCCCUUUGCUUGUCUAUGAGCUAUUCAGUAUAUUUCCAGAAACCUAGUGUUUAUUUCAGCAUGCUGUCAGGCCCAGCCCAAGAACGACAAUGAAUCAGUCCAGCCAAACUUCAGUCUUUAUCUGCUAACACUGCAUAGACAGAAUCUUGCCUAAGGGGAAAUAACCUGGGAGAGCUCUAGGGUGGGGCUAUUCUGAAUCUCUUGGUUUUCCUACAUUUGCCUUCUGGACUGUGUCUCCUCUUAUCUCUUUCCCCUUCUUGGAAUGCGCUCCCUCCUUCCUGAGAACCAGCAGUGCGGCCAAAAUCGACCACAUAUGCCUUGCAUAGCAUCUCUGCUUGCCUUCCCUGCCUUAAUUGUCUUAUGUUGUGAGAAACCUAACUUUUUGUUACUUGCUCUGUUAUUGUUCAUCACUUUUUCUCACAACAUCCUAAAAUGUGUCUUUGUGACCCUCUAUCCAACUGUUUUCCAGCUUUAUUGACAUCCUUUCUUUGGCCCUGGAGUUACCAUAGCUUGUUUGUAACUCAUUCAUGGUUACACCUCAUUAGCCUAUGGGUGACUCAUUCAAGGCUGACUUGGUUUUGAUCUUGUUGUUUUAUGCUCCAUUAUUUUCCCAACCUCAUUUUGGUAUCUUUUAAAAAUUCCAUUUGUUCUCCACUCACGCUCUAAAAUGGCUGUGUAUAAAUAAACGUUUUUUAAUAUAAAGCUAAAUAUGCACUUGAAUCAUCCCAGGUGGCUCCAUGCAAUUUUCUUGGCAGUGUUACAAAAAUGGUUUGUCACUGACUUCAGGAUUUUACAGUACCUGCACCACCACACUUUUGCAGUUUAGUCUAGCCUGGAAUUCCCAGACAAUCUCUUAUUGAAAUACUAUGAGGGACAAUUGUGCUUAGCUCUUAAGAUCAGCCAGUAUCAGCUAGCUGCUGCCAUCUACUGAGGUGUGCUUUUUCUUGAGGCCAGUUACAAUAUAUAGCCAUCCAUUAUAUAAAUUGACAUAAUAAAUAAAAAAAGCAUUCUAUUUUGCUGCACUGGCAAUUUUGGGAGUUGUAAUUUCAUGAAAUGCAGAUAAUCUUACCUGAAUAAAGUUACUGAAGAGUGCUUUGAUUGUGAAGGCAACAGUAGGUGACCACCUUGGGGCACAGGUGUUAUAGAAGAAGGGACUUGUGACAUUUCUGUAUAUGGACAGAAUGGGGUUGAAUAGAGUUCAGGAGUGCAUUCCUGCCUUCUCCAGUAUUCUUAAAAUAUUUUAACUGUUUUUCAUUUUGUUUACUGGGCCUUUGGGACAGUUCAGGAAAUAAUACCAGCAAUGAAAUGAAAUAACAGAAAUAUAGGUUGAGCAAUGGCUGAUGGAAAAACAUCAUAUAAAACUAAUAUUCUCAUGAGCUUCUGUGAAAGGCAAUCCUUUUUUAAGAAAGAAAAUAAAAGAUCCAUGCCUACAAUUUUAAGCAUGGUUUAAAAGGUUUCCCAAACAUGGUGCUGCAGUUAAUGUUUACAACCCAAACAUUACUAGACUGUUUUGAAUUUUGAGUUAUAUCUGUAUUAAAUGGAGAUGUACAUUGUGUAAAUACAUUAUAAAUUAUUUGUAUAGACAUAACAUAUGCGGGAAAGUGGCAGUCGUUAAUUUCAUUAAAUAACUCCUUAAAAAGUUUAA